UUGUGUGGUGGAAGAGACAUAGUCUGCCAUAGUUAAAAAGAACAUAUCGAUCGUAGUUGGACUGGCUUUAAGAAAUUGUCUCGGGAAAUCGACUACGGCGACAGCGGACUGGAUUAGCAAGUGGAAAGUUGUGGUUGAGCCUCAGCGAUUUUCAGACCGGUUAUAAUCUUUGGUUUUCUUGGGAAGUUCGUGUAGUGGAAGUAAUUCAGAUCCUUUUCAAGAAGUUCUCUUUGAAGUGUCCACUCGUACGACGACGAGUCCGGAGGUGCUAGUUUUGCAAAUUGCGUGUGCAUAACAGUGAAGUGCUAAUCAAAGCUGAUUAACUGUGAUUAUUUAUUUGUAUAGGGAGUAGUUUAGAUCCGUGGUUUUUUUCUUAUAUAUAAUGGAGCAUUAGGAGUGAUAAUAAAACAUUACCCCGCUGACAAAGCGAUUAAUCUCACUUCCAUCCAGCCCAUCGCUACUAUACGCGUACGUUGCUAUUCCUUAAUUCUUGGGAUCGAGGAAUAGAUCGUAAACGCAAGCAGACAUGGAGCAUUUUUCGAAUAACGACAGCGGCGGAGGAUACAACGAGUAUAUGGCGGAUCAGAUGGGUCCGCCUGGAGGAAUGCCUGCUGCUCGUCCGAGAGUUAUACCCGACGCCGAGGGAGAGGUUGACCCAAAUAUGUACCCCCAACCAAAGGAAGCAACGCAUAAAAUCCGUGGAAAAUCGGAUAUCAUUGAAAUGUUUUGCGGGACUGUCGACCAGGAAUUGUUGCCCGUCAAGAGCUUCUACUUCUGCUUUUAUUCGGCCUUCGGAUCGCUUUUUCCAUUGAUGGGCGUCUACUUCAAGCAAAUGGGUAUGAACCCAGGACAAUGUGGUCUCUUAAUUGGUACGAGACCAUUCGUGGAAUUUCUUUCCGCUCCAUUUUGGGGCUCUUACGCUGACAGAUGGAAAAAUGGCAAGAAGCUGUUGCUCGCUUCACUGGCUUCGUGGGUAAUUUUUACUUUACCUUUGGGAUUCAUCCGCCCCGAGGCGACAAUGUGCAUAGAACGACAAAAUUCUACAUAUUUAUUGAAAUAUCCAUCAUUCCCCAAGGUGUUAAAGCGGUCUGUGGAACAUGUCAACCAUUUGGAUCACAUCAAUAUUACGCAUGACCCGGACUAUUUGGCUCACCACUCGCGGCCAGUUCGAUCCGCACGACCCCUUGUAGAACCUGGACAAUCACCAAUUAAUGUUGACUAUGCUAGCAAUUAUAACAAAUCUGCACAUAACGAUUGGGUUAGUCCUCUGUUUUCAUCAAUUGUUUACAGGACGCCGGACAUUCAAAAAGCGUUUUUCCUACUGCUUAUGUUAGUAAUCAUAGGUGAAUUCUUUAGUGCUCCCGCGAUAACGUUAGCUGAUUCCGCUGUGAUAACACUACUAGGUGAAGAUGCUGAUAAAUACGGCCAUCAGCGAAUGUUCGGAUCCUUAGGCUGGGGAUUGGCAAUGUUCUUCGUAGGAAUAGCGCUCGAUCACUCAACUUCUUUCCCUGAUCAUCCAUGUGGACCUGAGAAGCAAGAGAAGAACUAUACAAUAUGUUUUGCAACAUUUUCUGUGUUAAUGACAGCCGCGUUUAUUACCGCUACACAAAUUACAUUCAGAUAUGACGUCGAAGAAGUUGAGGCUGAACCCGAAAAGGUCACCAUAGCCCCUAGCGUUGAAGAUGAAAUGCAAAACCAAUUGGCGGCUCAGUUGAAUUUGCCAUCGCUAGCUGUAGGCCCAGGGCAAACCUCCGCACCGCCACCACAGCCGAUUGGUUCGCAAACAAAAGUUUUCGCUCAAACAACGAGGGAGAUGCCAGAGUGGGUGACAGUUUUGAAACACUUUAAGGAUCUUAAGUGCGCAUCCUUCUUGUUCGUGGCAUGGUUUAUGGGUUUCGGGAUUGGUUUGAUUUUCACAUUCCUGUUUUGGCACCUGCAGGAUUAUGGUGGUUCUCCAACGCUUUUCGGAGUCGCGUCUGUGAUUAAUCAUAUUUCUGAAAUUUUCGCGUACUUCUUCAGCUUUAGGUUGAUUACGCAAAUAGGACAUGUUAAGGUACUAUGUUUAGGUCUUGUAGGAAACGUUUUGCGGUUUCUCUAUAUAUCAUACUUGCGGAAUCCCUGGUGGGUGCUUCCUUUCGAAUUUAUGCAGGGCAUUACUCAUGCUGCCGUUUGGGCUGCAUGUUGCUCGUAUAUCGCUCACAAUACGCCACAACAGCUGAGGUCCUCUGCACAAGGAGUUCUCCAGGGUAUUCAUCAUGGAUUAGGUCGAGGUUGCGGCGCUGUCAUUGGUGGAAUGUUCGUAACUUAUUAUGGAACAACCGCAACAUUUAGAGGAUAUGGAGUUGUCUGCCUCUUGGUGCUGGCCGGGUUUAUAUUCAUCAAUUUUUAUCGAAAGGAGCAUGGAUUUGUUUCAGAUUUGCCAGUCACGGAAGAUCCACAUCAAGUUGCAGAAGAAACUUCUCAUUUGGCCCCGCAUGGCGUUCCAAGCAAUCCAAUACCUCGAGCUCUCUCAAGUACUAGACUCAAUGAUAUGAACCCGAACGGCGAAAGCUACGGCACAUACCAAACCACUGGAGGUAAUCUGGAUAUACCUGGUGCUAAUCGAAAUCCAUUUGCACACUAAAUCCGUCGCACCGAUUAUAAAUAGCUUAUUUUCGUUAAAAUUUUAUUUUAAGGAAAAUCAAUUUUUCACUCUAGGUUCUAAUGCUCUUAACUUUAUUCUCAACCUUUAUAUAUUUUGGAAGUAUACUCAGGCAUUUGUGGAAAAUUAUAUUAUUAUGCUUUCAAGGUUUCGAGAACCUUUUUAUUUAGAAAGGAGCUAAAAAUAGGUACAUUUUACUAGAAGAAUAGGCCUUAACACAUAGACAUAUUUUUAGUAAAUAACAUUAAAAGCACUUAGAUGCUAGUUUACGCUUUUUAAAAUGUAAUGGCUGCCAGGACGGAAGGUUCAAAUGAGGGGCUUACUUUUGUUUUCUUGCAUACAUAUGGGGAGCAAUAUUGAAAACAUAGAAGUAGCAUUAUUUGAUUUGAUUUGCGUUUAGUGAGCCUAAGGCAUUAUUUUAUUUUAUUUAUUUUUCCUUAUUUUUAAAUCAAACUAGAUCGAGUGUUGCUUGGAAAUUGUUAGUAAAAUGAAUUAAAUCAUUAUUGUAUUAUUGCGUGUACAGUAUUGCCAAUAAAAUUAUAAGCCGUUUCAUUAUAAUUGAUUGUGAUUGUUAUACGCCCCCAUGUUGGACAGUUUGACGAGAAGCUUAAAUCGAUUUCAUAUCAUUUUAAUCUAAAGACUUUAAAAUACUUUUUAUUAAGCGAAUUAUGAUUUUUGUCAUAAUCUAGGCGCAUUAUUAAAAGGAAGUAAAAUAGUCGUCAUAGUAUAUCACUGAUACAAUCAUGCACAUGAAUCAUAAAAUCCAAUACAUUGAAACUCUAAUACUUACAUUCUAUUCCAUUUAGUUUGACUAAUUGAUAAAUAUUAAUUGUGAAUCACUGCUUAGGGUUGUAUAUAAAUAAUUACUGGGGAAGUUUCACCUAUGUAAUCGGCGAUUUCAAAUUUUCGAUGUUAUACACCAUAUUUGAAUUAUUUUGUUUGUUAUAUGUAUUGGCGAAAAUUAUAUUCACUAAUUACUACUUGACUAUAUUUUCAUAGUUUGAUAAAUUUAAGGUUUAGUUUAACUAAACUAAACUAAACUAAAGCUAUUCUAUAUAUUCAAUUUCAAAGUUGAUAAAUGUCCGAAUAAAUAAAAUUAGUCCUUAAUACUGGAGAAAAACGAGUAAUUUACAAAAAAAGCAGAAAACGAAAACGACUUCAAAUGAUAUUACAAAAUGAUACACCAAAGACAAGAAAAAAAAACUAUUGAAAAGAAGAAGAAGACUUUUUAAAUAUUACCUUAGAUUAUAUUAUUAUAAAAUAAUGUACCAUUUAACAAGUGUAUUUUACUGCAAAUAUUUCCAAGUUAUUAUACUGAAGUGAAUCCGGUGAAAAAAAGUGAAGUAUUACUAUAAAAUAUAAAUUAGUUACGUAAGGUUACGUUUAACGGAAAAUUAAGUAACAAAAAUACAGUAAUAAUUACAAAAGGGUAUAAUCGCGAAAAGGAAAAAGUAAAACGCUACAUUCAUAAGGAACAUUGAAGAAUAAGGGUACAUAUUGCGGAGGCAACUGCAAAAGAAAGAUAAAAAAUAAAUGACUUGAAAUAUGCUGAUAUUAUUAUAUAUUUACGAUAUUUUAUUGUUGUGUAUAGGUGUAUUGUACAGCACUGUAAAAAUUAUUUAAAUAAAGAAAUGCACUCUAUAAUAUGUUAAA